AUGGAAGAGGAUGUUAAUCCAUACCACUUGGGAACCUUAAUUAACAUCAGGCGUUACUGCGAAUCUCAGGGACCAAAACAAGAGUCUCUUAUUAAAGAGCUAGACACUAGAAUGGAAGACGCGGGCAAAAUUGUAGGAGCAGUGAAGGAUUUAUUAUAUGGUCUUUAUACUGCUAUCAACUUUAAAUAUUCACUACCUAUUUGUACUAGCAGUUUGUCUAAAUUUAAGAAAGCCUUUCAAAUUUCUGUAGCUGUCUUGAUAUCCAAAAGUUCUCUUGUAAACAAGGAAAGUGGAAAAAUUAGAGAAUCUUUAGAUUUCCAUGAUGUUAGACAAUGCGAUUAG